CAUGGCCCCGGACUCCUGUCCAAUCCUUUAUAGCCUUAUGGCUUACAGAGAGUAAAUAUUGGUGGCUGGUUACUGCAUUGAAUAGCUGGAGAAGUCUUCUACUGGUCUCUUGCCGUUCUUCUCUCAUCCCCCCAGUGAUUUACGUCUUAGUUGUGGCCCACGGGCUUAGUUUCCCCGCCGCAUGUGGGAUCUUAGUUUCCUGACCAGGGGUCGCACCCACGUCCCCUGCAUUGGAAGGCGGAUUCUCAACCACUGGACCACCAGGGAAGUCUCCCGUCCUACUUUCUUAAUCGUGUAUUGUCUUGUAUCACCUGCUCUCUUUUGGUUCUCCACCUACGAUUCUACCUGCCAAAUUGCACAAGAGAUCGCUGAGAAAAUUCAACAGCGAAAUAAGUAUGAAAGAAAUGGUGAAAAUACAACCAAGCUUACCGUGACAAUCAGAGCUUUGUUGCAGAAACUGAAGGAAAAGAUCGCCCUUUUGAAGGACUUAUUGCUAAGAGCUGUGUCAACACAUCAGAUAACACAGCUCGAAGGAGACCGAAGACAAAACCUUUUGGAUGAUCUUGUAACUCGAGAGAGACUACUUCUGACAUCCUUUAAGAACGAGGGUGCAGAACCAGAUCUCAUCAGGUCCAGCCUGAUGACUGGAGGGGCCAAGCGAGGAGUACCCAACCCUUGGCUCUUCGAGGAGCCGGAGGAGACCAGAGGCUUGGGUUUUGAUGAAAUCCGGGAACAGCAGCAGAAAAUUAUCCAAGAACAGGACGCAGGCCUUGACGCCCUUUCCUCCAUCAUAAGUCGCCAGAAACAAAUGGGGCAGGAAAUUGGGAAUGAACUGAAUGAACAAAAUGAGAUAAUUGAUGACCUUGCCAACCUGGUGGAGAAUACCGACGAGAAACUUCGCACCGAAACCAGGCGUGUGAAUCUGGUGGACAGGAAGUCCACAUCUUGUGACUCGGCCUCCGCAGCUGCUGCGGACCCCUUAGAGUUGUCUGAAGGCUGAAGACAAGAACCAAGCCGUGAGCUGACGAGCCAUCAAACUUGAAAGAUGUAUUGAGGUGAAAUACCGCUGCAAAGCCUCCCCACCAAACCUUUUUUUUUUUAAGUGCUUUUUUUUUUUUCUUUCCAAAACGAAAGAGAACCGUUUGUACUAUACAUGCAUAAAAAAAACCCUCCAGCUCAC